AUGGCCAAGGAUAAGUCCGAUAGAGAGAGAAAGAAGGAGAAGAAAGAGAAGAAACGCUCCGAGACCGAUGGUGUGCACAAGAAAUCUAAGAAAGAUAAAAAGAAGGAUACAAGUUUGCUUGCUGAAGCCGUGGAGAAGGAAUUGACCACAAAGGUCCUAGAGCAUCUGGAGAAACCCGAUGCCGAGCCAGCUCCUACCGUUACCGCUGCUGAGACCACUUCGAAGAAACCUGCUCCGGAGCGAAUUGUUGGCGCUCUCGUUCCGUUUGCAAAUCCCCUAGCCCAAGAUAAGGUUGCAAAGAAGCCGCUCGACCCUCCCACCGAUGUGUGUAGAAUACAACGAGACACAGCUAUGACCAGUAUUGUGCGGUCAAAUGAUGUUGAUGGAGUUCGUCUCCCAAGCAAUUAUUUUACUAACAGCAAUGAAUUAUCGUCCUCUGCAGCUGCUGUAAAUAAGUCUCUCAAACGUGGCGUGAAAGAAGUUGUCAAAGCGCUCCGGAAAUCACCAGUACCUGCACCAAACGCCGUAAUCGACACCCCAACCGCUGUCGUCGUCCUCGCAGCGGAUAUCUCACCCAUGGACGUCAUAUCACAUAUUCCUGUUCUGUGUGAAGACCACGGAAUCCCUUACGUUUAUGUCACAUCAAGAGCUGAGUUAGGAAGUGCAGGUGCCACAAAACGACCUACAAGUGUUGUCAUGGUGUUGCCACGAUCAAGCGCAAAGGGCAAGAAAGACAAGGACAAGAAGGAUAAGAAGGAUGGAGGAGACGGUGAGGAUAAAGAAUACUAUACGGAGCUUGUGAAGGUUGCGCAAAAGGAAUCGAAAAGGGUAAAAGUUUAG